AUGGUCCCCCUCACUCCGCUUCCUCACAACCUUCUCCUCCUAUUUAUCCAUCUCGCCCUCUUCCCUCUUGCGUUCAUUGAAUUGGUGGUUUUGGUCAAUAGACCCGUUGCGGCGAUGUUUCAGCGCUUCCGCGACGCCAUCGACUCUCGGAUUGCAGAGGAACAGGCCCGCCAGAAAACGGCACAGGACAACCUCUCUCGAUCCAAGUCCGCCCGUCGUCCGGCAUCCAGUACCAACUCCCCCGGCCAACGGCGCCCCAGACGAAACAGCGGCACCCCCGUCCGCGGUCCCGACCCCAACGAAUUCGAAGCUGAGUUUGCUAUCGGAGAUGACGACGAGUCCAGUCGCUCGGGCACGUCUCGCCCGGAGACCGCCGACUCUAUUUCCGAAAUGAAACCACCCACCGAAGGCGAGAGCUCGGAGAAGACAGAAAGCACAACGAACACAGAAUCAGCGGAGACAAAGACCGCCUUGACAGCGGCCACGGACUCCAGUGACCAGAAACCUUCUGAGUUACCGGCAGACGUUAAAGCCAAAUUGCGCAGGCUCGAUAAACUUGAAUCGCGAUACCAUGAACUUCUCAAAGCGUACCGUGUUGCGCAUUCGCGCGUUCUUUCUAUUGAACCGUUCGAAGCCGCCCUCCGCGAAAAUACCCCCCUCACCUCGAUCGGCGAGCCGAAGGCGCUUACCGAGUACCUCAACCAGAUGUCGCUCAAAACCGAUAUGGUGGUAGAGGAACUGAAGCGCGUCACUACCGACCGAGACGGAUGCAAGAAGAACAUGGAAGAGGCGCAAAAGUCCGCUAAGGAUGCGUGGGAUGAGGUCGCUGGGCUCAAAAAGGAGGCUUCUACGAAGGAAGAACCGAAGUCGAAAUCGCCAGAGGAGAAAGAGACUAGCGAAGAAUUCUUUUCUUUUGAUAACGAGGUUCCUCGAUUGGAGGGAGAAUUGAAGGAAAAGCAAGAGGAAGUGGACACUCUCAAGAUCGAAGUUGAGAAGCUCAAGAAGGACAUGUCCGUUACGCGCGAGUCUACGGAGGGCAUGGUACAAAAUCUGGAGACAUCGGCUCGAGAGCUUGUUGAGUUACGCGAAACCAAGGAUAAGCUGGACGCGGAGAUCAAGACUCUCAAGGCUUCCGAGGGUGAUGUUGAUGAGCUGAAGACGAAACUCGCCGCAGCGGAGUCUUCGCUUGAAAAGACCACUGCCGAGGCCGAGAAGCUCAAGAAAGAACUCAAGGAGAAGAGUAAUGAAAUCAAGAAGCUCCAGGCCCGGGCGAUUGAAGCUGAGAAGACGAGCAAAGCCGAACCGAGCCCCGAGUUGGUCUCUCAGUUGAAAGAGGCUAAGAAGGACAAGGAUGCUAGCGAAAAGAAGCUCGGUGUUGUUCAAGGUCUCGUAGACAAUCUUCGUUCCCAGCUCAAGGACACCGAAUCCACCGUUUCCGACCUGAAGGCGGAGGUUAGCCAAAAGUCGGAGAGCUCCACCAAACUUCAGAGCAUCGUUGAUUUCGUGGACGAAAACUUGAAGGACAGCGCUGCUUGGAAGUCUGCUAAGGAGAAUAUCUCUGCUGGAAAGGAGGCGGACUUCGAGGAGGUUCGCAAGAGCCUUGCACCUGCCGAGAAGGCCGCAGAACCGACUUCAACCACUGCCGAAGAAGAGCCCCAGCCUGCUGCUGCGAGUGCGGCUGCAGGUGGCGGUGGUGGCGGUGGAAAGAAGAAGAACAAGAAAAAGAAGAAGGGAGGUAACGCAGUGGCAGAAAGUCCCAAGCCUGCGGAGCCUCUUCCUACCUCCAAGGAAGAGCCAGCUGCGGCAUCUUCUGCAGAGCUGGAAGAGCUCAAGCAAAAGAUCGAAACUCUCACCAAACAACUUUCUGAAAAGGAGGCAGCCAUCGACCGCCUGAGCGAUAAAUUGAAGGGUGAAGAGGACCUGAAGGAGGAGAUCGACUCUCUUCGUGAUGAUCUAGUUACUGUUGGACAAGAGCACGUCACAGCCAAGGACAAGAUCAAGGAACUCACAGCCCAGAAGUCUGCCUUGGAGGAGACAAUCGGCAAGUUGGAGAAGGAACUGGUCGAAGUACGCGCCAGUCACACCACAAACACUGUAGACUCGGAGAAGGUAUUCAAAGAGUUGAAAGAUGAGUUUGAGCGUGUCAAGGUCCAGGCCGCUACUCUGGAGACGGACCUGUCUGCUGCUCAGCAGCUUGCAGCCACUCGAUUCAAGGAUCUUACCGACCUGCGUGAGACUCUCCAGAAAAUUCAGCCCGAGUUGCGUACCCUGCGCACCGAGUCUUCCGAGCUGAAGACCAUCAAGGAGACCCUCAGCGGAAAGAACACUGAGUUGCGGACGCUUGAAGCCAAGCAUGAAGACCUUCGACAGGAGUUGAAGAAUACCAAGAGCCGGGUUUCGGAGCGCGACUCCGAAGUAAACACCUUGAACAAGAAGAUCCGCCAAGAGACAGACAGCCGUCUCAAGGCCGAGGAGAGUCUCAGCGUUGCACAAUCGGAAUUGCGCACCGCCGAGUCGAAGAAACAAGAGGCCAUUAAUGCGAAGGAAAGAACUGCAACGGAACUCACAAAAGCACAGGACGGACUCAAGAGCACCCGUUCCAAGAUGCGUGAGAUGGAUGAGCAAAUGUCUCAACUGAGCAAGGAACUGGGGAGCCUCCGCGAAGAUGCGAAACUGAAGACCGCCCAGGCUGUCGGUGCACAGAGCCUGAUGAACAACAUGCGUGAUCAGACCUCCGAAGUUGCUAUGCAGAUGAAGGAGGCCCGUGAGAAAUGCGAGAGCUUGGAGGAGGAGCUGUCUGAUGCUCACCGUCUCCUGAGUGAGCGCACGCGCGAGGCCCAGACAAUGCGUGGUCUUCUCAACGAUAUCGAGAGCCGCGCCGAGGCCAAGGUACGUGACUUUAAGGAACGCAUGGAGGCAGCUGUUGAGGAGCGGGACCGCGCCGAAGAUGAGGCUAGCACCCAAGGCCGUCGCCGGGCACGGGAGCUGGAGGAAUUGAAAGCCAAAAUCCGCGAAGCCGAACGGACACUUCGCACCGUUGAACAAGACAAGGAAGAGCUCGAGGAUUCGCAGAAAGACUGGCGGCGUCGUCGUGACGAAUUGGAGGAGAUUUCCGAAAAGUCGGCCCAGGAAGUCACUGAGAUCCGAGAGGCCAUGGCCGGCCUUCGCGAGCAACUCGAUGAGAGCGAGAAGCAAGUGCGCGACCUGGAGAAAGAGAAAGCCGAGCUUCGGCGCUCAGUCGAGGAGACCAACAACCGAUUGGAAAAGCUGCGACGAUCGCACAAGACCCUUGGCGAAGACGUUCGUCUCCGUGGACUGGAGUCCGGCCGUGCAUCAUCACGCUCAUCCAUCGAUUCCGGAUCUCGACGUGGUCUUGCUUCUCCAGUCGCCCAGGACCGCAGCACAUCUAGUCGUCGAAGUGAGACUCCCUCUGGUGGAGGUGGAGGUGGAGCCAGUGGUGGGUCGAUCGACUACAUGUACUUGAAGAACGUCCUGCUUCAGUUCAUGGAGCAGAGGGACAAGAACUAUCAGAAGCAGCUAAUUCCUGUAUUGGGGAUGCUGCUUCAUUUCGACCGAACGGACGAGCAAAAGUGGAUGUCGGCCAUCAUGUCUAAGUGA